AUGUAUCCCUCCAAAGCCACGGUCACCAAGCGUCUACUGCAUAUUACUGACUGGCGCUGCAAUCUUCAUAGCCGACCACAUCACCACCGCCAAGGCCAACACGGGACACGCAAAUCUGAACUACCGCCGUCGCCUCACAAUGCUAGCGCUCAACCACCGGCAACGUGUCCAUGGUGUCAUCUGACAGUCUGGACGCCAAACGCACUUGCUGGGGACCUGUGCACCAACUACAGAAUUCGGACUGCCCCAUUCGUUGCCUCUCCGCCCAACUCGACCUCGUCUCCCACGUCUUCAACUGACGUUCGCCGCCUUCCCCAGUCACACGUUCCAUUCCUCUCCUCCUGCUCCUCAUCCGGUGGUCUAGCAUGUGAUGUUGUAGCGUCUGCCAUGCCCAUCAACACUACACACAAUUCUGACACACCAACACUACCACCGUCAAAACCAGUGAUGAGGGCCUCGUCUAUAACUGUCCACAUUGCGACCGCACAUUCACCUCACACAUCGGCAUGGUCCGUCACUUACCAAUCCAUCGUACAGAGACUGGCGAACCAUUGCCUGGAGCACCAACCUACACUCGCCACAUCCUCCUCCACCGUCCACAUUGCAUUCGCACAUUUAUUUAUCGCUUGGGUCUAUUAGGCCACAUGCGCGUCCACAAUAACCUGCGGUAGACAACCGCCAGCUGCAUCACCACCACAUCCUCCCUCACCAGCAUCCCGCCGCCCAUCAAAAUCACCUAUCGCAUACACCCAACUGUCACCUCCCACGCAAGUGAAACGUGUGUGUCUCGACUCCCCAUCCAUGCGGCUCCCCUGUUGCAUGUGUGAUCGGAGUCCGUGACGACGGUGCGUCAAGAGCCAUCAUGCAGUUGCUAUGCAAAGCAACUAUGCGGCAGUGGCAUGCUUCAAAAUCAGACCAGUCGAAUCGUGAUGCGCUCGUGAGAUGCCAACGGCAAUAGUCAUGUAGCGGCCCAGCAAUUUAUCCUAUAAAUGCCACAACACUUGGGCAAUUUACCACCCAUACCCGACUCUGUUUAUGGUGGUGAAUUUGUGCCAGAAUCCGAAACGUCAGGCCAAUGCAAUUCUUGUUCCAGCGAUAGUGUCGCCUUCUCCGAAAGUCAAGUGGGAUUGGUGUAUGACUCUUCAUAAGUUAAACAGUAUUUUUAAAAACUUAAUGUCAGCUUUGCGGCAAAAAAUGCUCUCAGUACCACAGGACAGGCAUACAUUACAUCGAUAACCCUCUUUUGUAGAUCUUUAUACAAGAUCUCCUUUGAUUAUCUCCCUAACUUCGGGUAAAUUUUGCCUUUUAUCAACUCACUGCCUACCUUCAAUGGAAUAAAUUGACUGGCCACUGCUCACUGUGCGGUCUUCUAUCCUGCCGACUUUGACUAAGUUCAGCACUGGCCAGGAGUCCCCAAAGCUGUCAUGACUGGCCUAGGCAUCUGCGAACACAUAAUCCAGUAGGGAAAUUGAAAUUCGGAAACAACCUUGAACCUGUUGUUAGUUAAGAGUUCUACCGACCUAUGAAAACACCGCACCUUCCGAACGUUUUCCGGAUGAGGACUGUGACCGCAUACCCGAUACAUAAGUGACUACUUGAGGACAACAAUAAAACAAACUUCACAGCAACCCAUUUUAUCGACUAGUGCAACCGCACGCCGAUUUUAUGAAAUACUCACCACGAUUUACAUACUGGAAUAGAACAUUUGCGAAAUCGUCCGUCGGCUAUCUGAAGCUCAAGAGCGUAGAUACUCGCCAGAGGUAUGCCUAUUCUUACUAGUAAUAAUUGAACGGUUAGAUAA